GAACCACACCCAUUGUGAAAUUUGUGCAAUAACGAAGUGCACGUGUAUGUGCACUACUUCAUGUUUAUGUUCUAUGAUCUUUGUAUCCUUUGCUGCUUACACACAAAGAUUUGCGUACUAUAUUAUUCGAGAGAGACAGAUGUCGAAUCUCAUGUCCUCCCCCUUUUUCCUCCCGUCUCUCGAAUCACUUCACUGCGGUUUUCCGGCGAACCCACCAUGGAUAAAGAACCACUUCUUCCGACAAACACGUCAACGCCGAGAACGCCGACCCCUCUUUGCACUCUCCCUGAAGAUAACGAAAUCUCAAUCCCUUUAUCUUUAACUCCUUCAGAACUCAAGGAUAUACUCAUCUUCGGUUCCCCAAAAGAACCAUCUUCCACCAUUGUUGACGCCUUAGUUUCGACCUUGAACAACCCUCCCCAGAGAUCGUUUUCUUCCGAUUUCAAUUCAAUUUCCGAUCAACAACCAAUUUCGACACCCCAAUCAUGGUUAAUCGAUCCCAAUUACUCAUUUGGGAAAACCAAUCUCCACCGCUCAAAAACCGCCCCCGCCAUGGCUGCCAUCAACGACCUCGAACCCCCAUCAGAAUCCAAACCACCACAAUCAUCUUCAUCAUCCAUCGUUCGUCAAGCAGUUCUACUCUUAAUCCUCUACUUAUCCCUCGGCGUAAUCAUCUACUGGUACAACAGAGACCAUUUCGUCGCUUCAGAAACCCAUGUCGUCGUCGACGCUCUUUACUUCUGCAUAGUAACAAUGUGCACAAUAGGAUACGGCGACAUAACUCCAAACAACCUCGUCACUAAACUCUUCUCAAUCCUGUUUGUGUUAAUCGGAUUCGGGUUUAUCGAUAUUUUACUUAGCGGAAUGGUGAGCUACGUUCUUGAUUUACAAGAGAAUCAUCUACUCCAAUCUUUAAAAAACGGAAACAAUCAAGAUCACCCUUCUUACAUAAUCGAUGUGAAAAAGGGUCGCAUGAGGAUUCGAAUGAAAGUAGGGUUAGCUUUAGGGGUUGUGAUUCUUUGUAUCGGUGUUGGUGUUGUUGUGUUGCAUUACGUGGAGCGAUUGGAUUGGCUGGAUUCGUUUUAUUUGUCAGUUAUGUCGGUUACUACAGUUGGGUAUGGUGAUAGAGCAUUUAGAACAAUGGCGGGAAGGAUUUUUGCAUCGAUUUGGUUGCUUGUGUCAACUCUUGCAGUAGCUAGGGCUUUUCUUUAUUUGGCUGAAGCUAGGGUUGAUAAAAGACAUAGGAAAAUGGCGAAAUGGGUUCUUGAUCAAGGUUUGACUGUUUCUCAGUUUCUUGCAGCUGAUAUUGAUAAUAAUGGCUAUGUGAGCAAGUCGGAGUUUGUGAUAUACAAGCUAAAAGAAAUGGGAAAAGUCUCGGAGAAAGACAUAUUACAAAUAUGCAAAAUAUUUGAUCGACUCGAUGCUGGAAAUUGUGGGAAGAUUAUGUUGGCUGACCUUUUGUACACUCACCAUAAUUGAAAAAGUUGAAAAUUGGGAUAAAAAGAUUCCAAUGAGUGGAGGCAUGUGAAAAAGAAAAAGGUGGCCCUACUCAAUGGAUGCAAGAUAAGACUUGUUUAUUAUAGCAUCCUACUUUCAUUUAUUUAUUUUAUGUUGUUUCGUUUGUAGAUUUUGUAGUGUAUCUAGACAUUAAAAAACGUGUAAGAUAAGAAUAGGGAUAAAUGGCAAGAAAUAGCAAUGUGCUUUCAUUAGCAUCCUAC